UUUCAUUUUCGCUGUUUUACUUCUCAAAAGGUUAUCCAUAUCUAGCUUUCCCUCCCAAGCAAUCCAUCGAUAUUUUUUUCCGGCGGGAAAACCCUAAGUAAUUUUGCGGGAAAAUGUCGGGAAAAGGUGCGAAAGGGUUGACAACGGCUGGCAAAUCCACAAAGGACAAGGACAAGGACAAGAAGAAACCCGUCUCUCGCUCUUCUCGCGCUGGUCUCCAGUUCCCGGUGGGUCGUGUCCAUCGACUGCUGAAAACAAGGGUUAGUGCAAAUGGAAGGGUCGGAGCAACAGCUGCUGUAUACACAGCUGCAAUUCUCGAGUACUUGACUGCAGAAGUGCUAGAACUGGCAGGUAACGCAAGCAAGGAUCUGAAGGUUAAGCGAAUCACACCAAGACAUUUGCAACUAGCUAUCCGGGGUGAUGAAGAACUUGACACCUUGAUUAAGGGAACAAUAGCAGGCGGCGGUGUUAUCCCGCACAUUCACAAAUCACUUAUCAACAAAUCUUCGAAGGAGUAGUUCAUGUAAGUUAUCUGUUUGUUUUAAUCUGUACCCAUAAACGUCAGUAAAAUGUUUCAAGUCCUUGCUUGUUUCAGUAGAUAAUCAUGGAGAUUCAGGAUUUAAAUUAUAAAGAUGGAUUCAAACAGCUGAUAUUUUGAAUUACAAAGUGCUCCCUGAUAUGCUUUUUCUUCUAA